CCAAGCACAUUACUCGUGAUAUAUAUUCUACAUUCAAAAGAUCAAAUUACACAGACCACCAUUCUUCUCUUCUCCUUUGGCUUUCAACUUCACAAAAUGCAGAAGAACAACCCUCACUAUAGUCACAUUGGAGAAAGGCUACAAACACUCAACAAGAGUAGUAUGGUGGCAUCAUCAUCAUCAGUAUCAUCCCCGAGGCCUCGAAAACAGGUUUGUACGUGCUCGAAUCGUCCUGGGUUGAAAAGGUGUAGCCGGCACCAGUAUGCAGUGCCGCCGGGAGGCAAAAAGGGGUUGAGGAACUAUGGAAAGAAGGAGAUUUUGAGGAGGGCAUUGAGAUCUACUCCAAAUCGUAGCUUAAGUCUUCGGUGGUGGAAUUUCCAACCAACGCCUAGUCGGCUUUCUAACAUGUCAAUGGCUUAAUGGAGGAGCUAGCUAAAGCUGCUAAACCUUUCUUUUAUUAAGUGCUGUUUUUGUUCCAUAGAGGAUGAUUAAUUAUUUACCAAUCUGUGUAUAUUAAUUUUGACUCUGAAAGAUUCUUGUUCGGUCAAUGCAUCUCUCCUGCAAAUAUGAUC